UAAAUGGCUCCAAUUAUUUAACUUCACUUAGCAUAGAAGUUUAUCCAUUCCAAACUUCCACAUGUCAAAAUUCCGAAUCACAUCCACGUCAGCAUAGACGAAGACACACAAUUUCAUGUGGAAAACGAGAAACAGAACAGGAGAAAAAAAAAAAACAAACCGAACCUAAGAACAGCAAAACAAAAAGGUAACCGAACAAAACAAGAAAACAUUAAAAAAACAUAAUUUCCUUCUUUUUUUAAAUUUAAUGUCCUUUUAAACUUCUCCCCAUAAACCAUCUCCAAAAUCCCACCUUUGCAAUUUUUGUUUUCUCUCCAAAGUGGUCUUGAAGCCCUCCAGUUUUUGUGGAUAAAUUUAUCAAGGGAACUUAAAAGGAACACUGGUUGACAAGUACUGUCAUUAUUACCAAAGGGAAUGGUCAUUUGUUUUGGAUAUGAUGGAGGUCAAUGCUGGAAAUUCCCGUUUGAAUAAAAAACAACAGUCAGAGUGCCCAAAAUCUUCUGAUAGAGGGAAAAAGCCUGCAGAAAAAGAUGCAAGCACUUCUGUAUUUGUAAAUCAUGCUGCAAUUGCUUGGCAUGAGAACAGAAGAAGGUGGGUGGGGGAUAAAUCUCAACAUUCACAAAAGAUCAGUAAGGAUCCAGUUAUAAGCUGGUCCACAACAUAUGAGGAGCUUCUCUUAACUAAUGACCCAUUUUCUGAGACGAUUCCUUUGCCAGAGAUGGUAGAUUUUCUAGUUGAUAUUUGGCACGAUGAUGGUCUCUUUGAUUAGAUAAUCAGUGAUGAUGAUCAAGUAAUGGCAUGGAGACUGUUAGACAGGGGAGAACUUGUUUCUUACAGCUGAUUUUUGUAAAUUAUUUUUUUGGUCUCAGAAAUUGCACAUAUCAAAAGCCUCCAUUCUUCUUCAGAUUGACUGACUGUUGAAGGCCUGGAUUGUCUUUUCCCCAUUAGACAUAUUAAACUCAUGUUUUGACAUAGUAUAAAGUGUAAACAGUAUUGGGUAGCAAAAGGAAAUUGAUGUAUUAGACUCACUAUAAAUUAAUGGAACUCUACAAAUUAAGAAAUUAUGAGU